CUCAUUCUUUAACUCUAAAACACCGAGAGAAAAAAAUAAAAACAGAGGAGAUUCUCUUUGGCAUCUCUGAAUCGAAUCUGAGAAGAAGAAGAAGAAGAAGAAGAAGGAGAUCGAUGUUCGAGAGGGAAUUAGAUGCAUGAAGUUGGAUUAUUUGUGGAUCUGAAUUUCUUCACGCAGCUUAUCUUGACGUUAUUCUUUCUCUCAAUCGGUCUCCUCUACUUUGUUAAAAGAACGGCAGCCAAGUACUUCGAGGUCGGUGGUGGCUCCGGUGGUUUCGAUAGAGACCAUCGCCGAGAUUUCAUGGUUCCCGACACGGUUGAAUGUUCUGUCUGUGGGAAGACUUCUACCAAAAAGUGCUCUCGUUGCAAAUCUGUGAGAUACUGCUCUGCGGAUUGCCAAACGUCAGAUUGGAAGUCAGGACAUAAACUAAAAUGCAAGGUGUUUCGGAGUACUGACUCAUCACCGGUGGGAAGAGAUGAUAUCGAUUACAAAGCUUCUCUGUUUGGGAAUAUGUCUGCUUCUAAGAAGAGUAAGGUUGCAUUGGUUCCUCAACUGAGCCAAAGCAAGGCUGGCAUCAAGCCAACAGAUGUUCUUUUCCCAUACGAAAGUUUGGUUAGAUAUUAUAACUGGGACAGACCAAUAAUGGCUCCUUGUGGUCUCACCAAUUGUGGAAACAGUUGUUUCGCUAAUGUGGUUCUACAAUGCCUUUCCUGGACACGCCCUCUUGUUGCAUACCUUCUGGAGAGAGGCCACAAAAGAGAAUGUAGGCGAAAUGAUUGGUGCUUCUUCUGUGAAUUUGAAAAUCAUCUUGACAGAGCAAACCAUAGCCGGUUUCCUUUUUCACCAAUGAACAUUAUUUCACGGCUGCCGAAUAUUGGUGGAAAUCUUGGGUAUGGAAGACAGGAGGAUGCUCAUGAGUUGAUGAGGUUUGCAAUUGAUAUGAUGCAAUCUGUUUGCCUCGACGAAUUUGGUGGAGAAAAAGUGGUGCCUCCUCGCGCCCAAGAAACAACACUAAUUCAAUAUAUAUUUGGUGGUCUCCUUCAGUCACAGGUCCAGUGUACUGCUUGCAGUAAUGUUUCUGACCAAUAUGAAAAUAUGAUGGAUUUAACUGUUGAGAUACAUGGGGAUGCGGUAUCAUUGGAGGAAUGUCUCGAUCAGUUCACAGCUAAAGAGUGGCUUCAGGGGGAUAACUUAUACAAAUGUGAUAGAUGUGAUGACUAUGUGAAGGCAUGCAAGCGCCUUUCAAUUCGUUGUGCUCCAAAUAUUCUUACAAUUGCCUUAAAAAGAUUCCAGGGUGGGAGAUUCGGUAAACUGAACAAAAGAAUUAGUUUUCCCGAGACAUUUGAUCUAGGCCCUUACAUGAGCAGUGGAGUAGAAGGAUCAGAUGUAUACAAACUCUAUGCUGUGAUUGUCCAUUUAGAUAUGUUGAAUGCCUCAUUUUUCGGCCAUUACAUAUGCUAUGUCAAGGACUUCCGUGGAAACUGGUAUAGAAUAGACGAUUCUGAGGUGGAAAAGGUUGAACUUGAAGAUGUCCUUUCUCAACGAGCAUACAUGCUCCUCUACAGCAGGGUUCAGCCCAGACCAUCAAAUCUUAGAUCCGAAGAAGGUCAAGAUGAAAAGAAAACAGAUACAUUGAACACAGAAUCUAACCAAGAUGGCUCUGUUGAGAGUUCCGGGGUGGGAGCAAAUGACACAAGUGUGUCCUCUCUGUGUAACGGCAUCAUCUCACAUUCAGAAGACCCUGAAUGCGGAAAAGAAUCAUCAUUGUCGUCAAUGUCAGCAUCCGUACCAGUCUCUGAAGAAGGAAAGGAAGUUGACGCAAGGGUUGAUACAGUAGAUUCUGAAUCAAACCCUUCUAUUGACAUGGAACAUGAUUCCGGAACAGAUCAUCAAGAAGAAGCAGCAAAUGGGAAAGAAGAUCCAGCGGCUGAAAAUCUGGCUGUUGAUUCUUCUUGUUCGGACAUUACUACUCUAUCUCCAUCUGCUGCUACAGUAUUCAUACCUCAGGAGAACGAACAUUCAGACAGCGAGUCCAAACCCCUGGAGAAAGAACAUUCAGACACCGAGAUGAUCGAUGCUCAAUGAUAUUCCAAAAGGAUGGUGGUGGAAUCACAAAACAUUUUUCAUGGCUCUUGACAAUCGACAAGGGAGCUUCUAACUUAACAAUAAUGCUGGUGAAAAUUGCUUUAGACACUGCAAUUUCUGGUGCCUGAAGAAUAUAUAGAAAUUGUUGGAUCCUAGAAUUUCCGUAUUGAGAAGAAAUAUAGGGUUCUUACUAGUGAGAACUAUAGAGCUUACAAAGCCAGGAUUGGUACUUUUCUAGACAUAAGAGAUAGAAACUUCAGGAUCGGUUAAGUUAUUCUUUUGAUUUUUAUUUCUCUGUUAAAAUAGAUGUUACCAUUGAACCCAAAAACUAUUAUAGCUUGAAAGGACUACUAAAUAUGGAGGAACACAUUGACAACUUUGUGGUUGGUUCAAGUGUUUUUGGUUUGAACACAUAAAUCAAACCAAAUUUGAAUU